GUCUGGGUGAGGCUUAUACUCCAUGAAAACAGUGAAAUAAUCCCCAUUUGAGAGUCAAGCGGGAAUAAAAAUAAAUAAAGCCCCAGUGAGAUUCUGACUAGGCAGUCCUCUUCUGGCUAGGAAGACAAUGAAGGUUCAGAUGGCUUUCCCCGUGUCGGCAGGAUGCUGGGUGCUCCUUGCAGCAGCAGCAGUGCUAGGCUAUGUUCAGAGGCACAGCCAGCUGGAAUCCCACAUUCACUACGCACAGUUGGGGACCGAUGUGACUUUACAGUGUGGGUCAGUAGACCCAGAGGCUGUAGUCACCUGGACAGCCAACACCACUGACCUGGAUGCAUCCCAUCUCAAUGGGUCACGCCUUGUCCUUCGCAACGUGGACCUCUCCCAGAGCGGCCAGUACUCCUGCUAUGAGGGAACAUCGUGGCACCUCAAGUAUCGGGUCAACCUCAAAGUUGGAACACCACCAAAGGAGCCCAUACUGAUGUGUCGGUCAAACAAUUACCCCAACGGAUUCUACUGCAGUUGGCACCUCCCCAGCCCAACCUACAUUAACGACACCUUUGACAUCACCGUAAUGCAUGACUCCAAGGAAAUUGUGUGCAAGAAAGACGUACCUGCCAAGAACCGGUGUUACAUCCAGUACCUUCACCUCUUCUCCUCCAAGAAGUACCGGGUGACUUUGACCGCCACCAACCCACUGGGCAGCAGCUCCACAACCAUCUCCUUUGACGAAUUUAUGAUAGUAAAGCCGGACCCUCCGGAGAACGUGGUGGCCAAGGCCAUCCCCCACAACCCCCGGAGGCUGCUGGUGACGUGGCAGUACCCUUCCUCAUGGCCGGACCCCGACUCCUUCCCCCUCAAAUUCUUCCUGAGGUACCGGCCGCUCAUCAUUGACCAGUGGCAGCAUGUAGAACUGUCCGAUGGAACAUCCCACAUCAUCACAGAUGCCUAUGCAGGCAAGGAAUACAUCAUCCAGGUUGCAGCCAAGGACAAUGAAAUUGGCACAUGGAGUGACUGGAGCGUAGCUGUGCAUGCCACGCCGUGGACAGAGGAGCCCAAACAUCUCACCACAGAAGCCCAGGGAGCAGAGACGACAACCGCCAGCACAUCAGCAUUCAUGGUACCCCCAACCACCAGCGUGUAUGACUCAGAUGAGCAAAGCAGCGAUGGAGCCGUGGCAGUUUCCUUGGUAGUCAGCCUGGUACUGGUGGCAUUCAGCAUUCACUUUCUUUAACCCUGCCUCCAAGCCCCACUGAGGAAGGUCACCAACUUGCCAGACCGUCUGUCUUUGCUUCUGUUUUGCACAUGGUCUGAAGGACGUGUCAUGUUUCUCUUCAUUGCUUCAUUUCCUUGAAGGAGGAGUCCUCUUAAAUCCAGAGAUCCCCCUUCUUGGCUCCCUGCCCUGCCUGGCACCCCACCAUCUCCACCUUCCCUGAGUUGAAAAUUCAGCCAAGGAACCCUUUCAAAGGACAGAGAAAUGCUUCUUGGGCAAAACUGAAGGACUUUGGGGUGGGGUGCUGGGGGUCUGACCUGGUAGAGUGAAAAGAGGAAGGGAGGGUGGAGGGUGGGACAGAGGGGAGCAGGAGGGAGCACCAGCUAUCCUGGCCUUGAGUUCGGAUCAUACAGCUAAGCCAUCAUGCCAAAGAUGCUCCCCUGCAACUCUGGGCCACAGAAGCAAGCUGGAUUGGACAGCUCAGGUGGGGAGGCCACUCACCUGGCUCGAAAUUGUCGGGGGCAGAAGGGGGACCAACCCUGCAGAUGCAACUCCUCUUCUUUCCAGCUGUGAGAAGAGCGAACCUGUCACAAGUCCUUGGCCAAGCAAAACUAGCAAAAAAGAAGUAUGGGAAAGCAUCAGUAUCCCCCCACCACCAGAAAGGAAAGAAACUCUGGGGGCCACAAGACUCGUAUGUGUGUGUCAAGAGCAGUGAUGGUGGAGGGUGGAAAUGAGGUUGUUUUUCUUUUUAAAAAACAAAACAAAAGGACAACGCAUAUAACUGUACACACCUGCAGCCUGAAAUACAAACGGUGUGUCUCCCUGAUCGGAACAAGAUGGAGGAACCGAUCCUGGAACGUCGCUUCCCCUCCCUGACUUCUUGACUCCCUCCGUUUGUAACUGCACCCAUCCUGUUUAUACAAAGAAACACUUGGGUUUGUGUAUUGGUCUUAUUACUGGGGAGUGGGGUGUAUACGUAAGGGAAAUGUAAUGACACUGAAAUGUCCCCCCCACACACACACCCCUUCUGUACCUCUCCCUCCAAAAAAACCCCAAGUCCUGUUUUUGUAAUGCCCCCUUUUGGCCCUCCCCUUUCCCCACCUCCCCCUGGUUCAAAGUGCAGUAUUUAAUACCGUACGUCCUAUUAUUCCAAAUGAACCAUGUAUUUGAACUUUUUAUAGAUGUAUAUAAAAAUAUUACAAAAUCACACUCACGCGCAUACAUGUGGGGUGGGGGCAGGGGGGCAGACAUAGGAGAGAGGUUGUUCAUUAAAUGUGACCA